CUCACACUGGGGGUUGGUUGCACAAGCAAGAUUUCAAAACCAAUCCCUUACUGGAGACCUCAGCCCAGUGUACAACCUUCCUGGCUGGAAAAAGAAGAACUUCUUCAUCUUUUUUUUUUUCUUCAAAUCUUCACCAUCACUCGCCCUUAUAUCUCCGCCUUCUCUCUCUGCAGGAAACUUGAUUUCCUACUUCUGCAUGCAAAGUUUCCACCUCCAGAUCUGACUGGUUCCGUUGCUGAGAGGCCACCUGGAAGAAACCACCCCUGAUCAGAGGGACAUGGAGGACGAGGACAUGUUAUCCCGGCUCAUCAGGGAUGCGCCUCUUUCUGCAUUUCUAAGAAGCAGCAAAUGGGGUGGCGAAGAAGCCACCACCACCUAUGACUACGAUUUCAGCCAGCCCUGUAGAAAGGAGGACGUCAGGCAGCUUGCAGCCUGGAUCCUGCCCCCGCUCUACACGCUGGUGGUCGUCUCCGGCCUCGUGGGCAACAGCCUGGUGGCGCUGGUCCUCAUCACCUGCAAGCGCCUCAAGAGCAUGACCGACAUCUUCCUGCUCAACCUGGCCGCCUCCGACCUGCUCUUCCUGCUCACGCUCCCGUUCUGGGCUCACUAUGCUGCGGCCUCCCAGUGGGCCUUCGGAGGCGCGGUGUGUAAACUGCUCACGGGGCUGUACCAGGUCGGCUACUUCGCAGGGAUCUUCUUCAUCCUCCUCCUGACAGUCGACAGGUACCUGGCGAUCGUCCAUGCCGUGUUUGCUCUGAAAGCCAGGACGGUCACCUUCGGGGCGGUGAUCAGUGGGGCCACCUGGGUGGUGGCUGUGUUCGCUUCUCUCCCAGGAAUCAUCUUCACCACGUCUCAGAAGGAGGAGUUGUUAAACCUUUACACCUGCGGCCCCCAUUUUCCACCCACAUGGAAGAUUUUCCAUGGGCUGAUGAGGAACUUCCUGGGGCUGGUGCUGCCGCUGCUGGUCAUGGUCGUGUGCUACUCGGGCAUCCUGCGGACCCUGCUGCGGUGCCGGAACGAGAGGAGGAGGCACAAGGCCGUGCGGCUCAUCUUCGCCAUCAUGAUCGUCUACUUCCUCUUCUGGGCUCCCCACAACCUCGUGCUCCUCCUGAACACCUUCCAGGUGUUCUUCGGCCUGGACGACUGCAAGAACGGGAGCCAGCUGGACCGGGCCAUGCAGGUGACGGAGACCCUGGGCAUCACGCACUGCUGUGUGAACCCCAUCAUCUACGCCUUCGUGGGGGAGAAGUUCCGCAGGUACCUCUCGGUGUUCUUCCGAAAGCACGUGGCCAAGCGCUUCUGCAAACAGUGCCCAGUCUUCUACCGCGAGACAGCAGACCGCACGAGCUCCACCUACACCCCGUCCACCGGGGAGCAGGAGGUCUCGGCUGGCUUGUAACGUGGGCCCCAGGUAGCCCGUCAUAUUCUAGGCAAGACGGCCAUCCGUAUGUGGUAGCAAGCCUCAGGGGUUUGUUGGUGACCAGAGACCUGGAAAUGAGGAGCCCAGGAGCCUUGGGGCUGUGUCCAGAUAGACUAUGUCACUACUCGUGGAAAGGGAACAUUUCAG